AUGGGUGUCCUAAAGUGGAGCAACUCAGUGAGGGAACCCAUCUACUUAGGAAGGAACCAAACUGUGAGGGAAGAUAGAGGAAAAUCAAAGUGGCAUAUGUUUUGGAGAAAAAUAAGCAGAGGGCAGAAGAAAAUAUUCAACGUUAACGCUCCUGCAGCUAUUACAUCGCAAGCUUCAUAUGACCCAGAAGAGUACUCGCAGAACUUUGAUCCAGGAACAGGUUGGCAGGAGCCAGACAAUCUUCCUCGUUCUUUCUCUGCUAGAUAUGCUGAUCCUUCAAGACUUUUGCAGAGAAAACAAUGGGAGACACACAUCAGGGGAGCUUAA